AUGGCCCAGUUUCCAGAGAUUCAAGGCGGUGGAUCGCUGAUUGUUGCCUGGCAAAUUCGGGACAAGCAUGUCCUUGUCGUGGGUGGUGGAGAGGUGGCCGCUGGUCGGAUAGUACUCACCCUCAACGCCGAUGCCCGGGUGACUGUCGUUUGUCCCGCCUCUGGCCUCAAUGAAGAGGUCGCUUACCGUGUCGCUGAAAAGCAAGUCAAGCACAUUGAUCGCAACUUUGAACCGAGUGAUUUGGAUGGUGCCGACAUGGUCCUAUGUGCGAUCGACGACCCAGUGGCUUCAACCCAGGUUUGGAAACUAUGCAAAGAGCGACGCAUUCCGGCAAAUAUUGCCGAUGUCCCGCCCGAAUGUGACUUUUACUUUGGCAGCAUGCAUCGGGAUGGCCCAUUGCAGAUCAUGGUGAGCACCAAUGGCAACGGCCCGAAGCUUGCCAGCUUGGUUCGCAAGAGAAUUGCCGAAGCACUGCCAAGUAACAUCGGCGCUGCCAUUGAGAAUGUGGGCAAAUUGCGGAUGAAACUACGCAAGGUCGCGCCUGAGCCGAGUGUAGGGCCGAAACGCAUGAAAUGGAUGUCCGCGGUCUGUGAAUCGUGGAGUCUAGAUGACUUGGUCGGGAUGACUGAGAAUGACAUGGAUGGACUGCUCACUCAUUUCCAGGCGGGCGACGUGCCGCCGUUGCUGGAAGUGAGAAUGAAAAACCUAUAG